AUGACUACCCGAUCCUCCAAUCCCAAUCACUCCCAACCCUCCGAGAGAUGCGAGUACACGAUUCACACUCGUGUGACACCUGCGAUGUUGCGCCAGACCGUCUCAGACAGCCUGCUUGCUCGUCCCAUACUUGCAGGAGAACAACAACUCUCGGUAGAAGAGGUUGCCGCCGCCGUCGACCGUUCCAGGCAUCUGGAAUACGUGUACGCAACCACUCCCUCGCUUACGCUGGCCUCAGCUGAAAUACGCCUCGAACCCAGGCCGGCAUACCUGAGUCUUGGACACGAGGGUGCAUGUACUUCCCAAGAGGGUACCAGCGAGUGCACGACGCAGCACAUCCCAGUACAAUGGCGAAUCCUGGCUCGGCCCCUCACUGAAGAUGCACAGAUGGUAUUGGGGAAGACAACUUCCAUUUGCGCGGUUCAUUCAGGCCAGCCGAGUCUUCUCAAGGUUGACCCCAGCGUGUUACCCUCUCUACCAGCCCAGCAAGAACUUGCGCUCUGGGGCGAGAGUAUGUCGCACAUCCAAGACAGUGCCAUUCGCGCCACAUACCCACUCUUCAUGGACUCGGUGACCGAUGUGCGCAGCGACACAAGCGGGCCGGCAGAAACGUUUGCCUUGUCGACUGGAGAAGAGUACUGGCUGGGCACACACACAGCCACGCUCGUCGGGGCCUUCUGGCGAGGUGGUGAGGCGCAAGGAGCGGAGUGCAUCGCUCGGUUUCCGAUAGUCUUCAUGGCAGUGCUUGAGCCUGCCAAAGACGCGUGA